AUAGAAAUGACUGUUUGACGCAAUGACAGAAGGAGGAAAUGAACUGAACGGAAGAAGGUUUUCUACUUUACUUCUUCAUUCACAUGAUGGCUGCGGGUCCUGUUGUUCUUCUGGUUGCCUUUCUGCUGAAUCCACUUCAAGCACAAGAUUCUGAACUGUUUGUGCUGCGUGGAAGUAACCUACAUCUGGAUGUAAAGAAACCUGUUAAACUAACAGACGAAACUUAUUUUGUAUGGAAAUUUAAUGACAGUAGAGUAGUUAGAUUUACUCAUAACAAACAAACAACAAUUUUUCCCUCAUAUAAAGAAAACGUUGACUUUAGUGAAGGAAAUUACUCUCUGCAACUAAAAAAUCUACAACACAGCAACAGUGGAAUUUAUAAGGCAGUAGUGAGUGGGGAGAAAGACGUAAUAGUAACUGAAUACAGACUCACAAUCCAAGAUAAAGUGUCUUCAGUAAAACUGACCGUGACCCCCAACAACUCCUCCUCUUCCUCCUCCUGUAACCUGACUGUGACCUGCAGCACAGAGGACUCUAGCAUCAGCACAGCUGUCCACUGUGACAACCAGACCUGCUCUCUGGUGAAAAAACCAAACUUGAAACCUCCAGUCCAAACUUCUUCUAUCAUUGUCUACUUGCAGCAAGACUACAUCAUUUGUAACCAUAGCAACCAAGUGAGCUGGAAACAUAAUAACAAGGAGCUCAAAUCCUACUGCAAGACAGAACAAGAUGCCAUCGUUUCUGCAGCCAUUAGAAUUACAGCUGGAGUAUUAACAGCGAUACUGGCUGUGGCCUGUACUGUCAUUGUCUACAUAAAAUGUAAAAGAAAAAGCAAUGAAAAUACAGGGAAUGACAUUUCUCAGGAAAUGGAAAUGAGUCAAAAUGUAUAUCAGAGACCUGAUGAUGCUUCAGAUCUUCAUCCUACAACCACUUAUUCCAUGAUACAGUUUCCAGCUCAACCUGUGAACUCUGCUGAGACCAAACACACCCCGUCAGAUCCAAGCACAUGCCUGCCAGAGACAGUGUACGCACAGGUUCAAAGACACGACAACGCCAAAAGAUAAAAACCACAAACAUGAUGUAUUUACAAGACUCAACAUGCACAAAUAGAACCAUUUUAGCACAGCCAAAGUGGUCCUCCACGCUGAAAGCUUUGCCUGCCUGCUUAGUCUGCAGGGUGGUUGCAGACAACCCUGUUGGUGGUUGUAGUUGCUCGGAAGGUUGGAGAAUCCUGCACCACAGUCUAACUGUAACAAUGUGGACCUCUGUCUGCCCUCAUCCUAGUUUUUACUGUGAUAAUGCCCUCUGUGUUUGUGGAGUGGGCUGUGGACAAAUGCCUAAGAUAAGAAAGUUUCCUCACCCAGUUCAGCUGUUGUAUAAAGCCAUUAUAUGUAUUUCUAUUCAUUUUUAAUUUUUAUUUUUAUUAAAGAUUAAAACCGGACAUGAGGGUGUGCAUAUGUGUGUGUGUGUGUUUAUGUGUAAAUAUGAUUGGGAGUAUUUCUAUAUUUGAUAGUUUAACACUUGUGACUUGAAAGCUUUUGUUUUUAACAUGUAAAAAUGUUACUUUUUAAGAGACAAAGAUGUAAUGCAUGUUGUGCUGCUUUUGGCUAUAAAGAGAAUUUGGUGAU